ACAAUCUGUGGAUUUGACAAGCUCCUUUUCAAGCAGCAGCAGUAACUACUGUGGGGUUAGUCAACAGUAGCCCAUCCACAGUACCCCUCCCCCUGCCUUCACAUGUGGCAGAUUUGUGGUUUGAACCUGGACCCUUAAAGGGUGCUGGGACGGAUUUUCGAGGGUGGACAGAGGGGAUGAGAUAGUGAAGGACAAUCUUGGAGAACACUCAAACCAUGGAGUCCCUCUCUGUGCCCAAGCUGGCAAGCCGCACUCGACGAUAUCGCUCCUCGACAUCAGCAUCAAACCCCCCUGCUGUGACGAAGGCCACCGAAGUCCUCCAACAUCUUUUCGACGAGAUUGGUGCUGUGAUCCAGAUCAGAGAAGGCUCCGAAUACCCAGAAUUUCCUCCCAUCCUGAAGACCGCCCGACAGAUACAUCAACAUGUUGCUGCCACGAACCCACCGUCCCCCUCCCAAGACGAUUUCCGCCACCUUGACGGUUACCAACGCCUCCUCAACGUUCUCCGAGCCUACUCCGGCUUCUACAACCCCCAGAAGAGGACGUUGGAAGAGAAGAAGGGGUUCUUUGAGCUUCUGCAUGUCGUGCUGGCCAUCAUCUCUGCGACGUUCAGGGAACAUCAUGGGAACCGCCGCUACUUUAAGCACAGGUACGAGAAGAAGAUCGUCCUCGACUUGUGCAAGUCCUUGAUGCACCUCGGCGUCAACCGGCUUGCGGACACACAGCUACUCCUGUCCAGACAAGAUUCGGCAGCAUCCCAGUUCUGUUUGGAUAUGGCAUUGAAGAAUCACGGACCUCCUUUCGUCCAGUUCGAUCUAUCUCUUCACGGGCACUCAUCCAUCGAGCUGCCAUCACUUGGACGCUCGUUCCCUCCACAAUCUUCCGCAGGUUACACCUUUACUGCUUGGAUGCGUGUGGAUCGUUUCGAUCCCAACUCUCACACGACCAUCUUUGGCGUUUUUGAUGCUUCGUCAACAUGCUUUCUGAUGGCAUAUCUCGAAAAAGAUACCCACAAUUUCAUCCUGCAGACUUCUGUCACCUCUCAAAGACCAAGUGUGCGCUUCAAGUCGGUCAAGUUCAAGGAGAACAGGUGGUACCAUAUCGCGCUUGUCCAUCGGCGACCGCGAACCAUGACUGCUAGUAAGGCGUCGUUAUUUGUUAACGGCGAGUUUGCUGAGCAGCUCAAGUCACAAUAUCCGAUGCCUCCACCGGCGAGCAAGGCGAGCAACGGGAGCACGGAAAGCUUUGCCUCUUUCAACUCGAGUGGCAACAAGACACAGCCCGUCCAGGCGUUCUUGGGGACCCCUCGCAACCUCUCCACCACGCUCGGGCGUGGGCUGAUCUUCUCAAAAUGGUCGCUGGCAUCAGCUCAUCUCCUCGAGGAUGCACUGAGUGAUGAUUUUCUCGCCGUGCACUACCGUCUGGGACCUAGAUAUCAGGGCAAUUUCCAGGACUGCCUCGGUGGCUUCCAGACCUACGAGGCGUCAGCAGCUUUGGGACUGCGCAAUGAAAUGCUACAUCCUGGUAAUGAAGAAGGCUCCUCGGAUAUCCUCAGGGCGAUUCGAGACAAGGCAAGCAGCAUCCUGCCGGAGCAGAGGAUCUUGUUGAGCACGCUCCCCACGGCCAUCUUUCGCACUGAUGGACAGUUCCUGGACUCGUUUCUUUUCCGAUCACUUUCGAGAAACGCCGCGAGUAAUUUGUUCCAGAUGACUACCAAGAGUGGCACCGCAAUUUCCAUAAAUGCUGCGCUGCCUUGUGUCAAUGAUGCCCUUGUCCGGGUUCACGGUGUUGCUGUCUUGACCGGAGACCCUGUCGUCGCAACACCCUUUAAUUUUGAUGCCAAUUUGUGGCGGGUGGGUGGUUUUACGCCUGUCGCCCUGAAGCUUGUUGAACGUGCAAGGAAUGCGGAAGAGUUUUUGCGCUCCGUUGAGCUGAUGUUCUUAGCCAUCAAGAAGAGCUGGAGAAACAGCGAGGCCAUGGAACGUGACAAUGGCUACGCCAUCUUGGGCAUGCUGCUGAGGGCGAAGCUUGGAUAUGCCACUUCCGGUAAUGACAUACCAGGCUGGCGACUCUUACUGACGCCCGAGGAGCGAGACCAGCUGAGCUUCCAAUUGCUGAGCUUGGUGCUCGACUUCAUUGGGUACAAGCACUCAAGCCCUGUUGAAUCCUUCAUCGUCAACCCCCUAGCCUAUCGGAUCCUGCUUAUAGAUUUCGACACCUGGCGGAAGGCCGCUCCUAUCACACAAGAAUUGUAUUACAAGCAAUUUGUGACAUUCGCAGUCAACAGCAAGUUUCAUGACUUUAACAGUCGCCGAUUGCAGCGCAUGCGCAUUGUGAAAAGAUUACUAGACGCCCUGAAAGCAGAGACAUUAUCUGAGGAUGUCCUCCCUCACUUCUUGGCUGCCUUCGAGAGCCUCAUCAAAUGCAACUUCAGCACCGAGGUGCACCGAACCAUAGCUCUGUUCAUCACCUAUACUUUUCAUUCCUCCGCAAAUUCACAGCCACGGACUCCGCGACCGUCUUCCGCAGUUGGAACGCCAACUGUAACUACGAACAGCAGAAUUGGAUUACGUCGAUCAACCGUCGACUCGAUGAACGGGUCCGGUCUGCGUAACUUGACGAAGAAGGCAGUUGGUGUCAAGAUAUUGGAGCUGUAUACGAACCUGCUAUGUCUCAAGGGAAGUUACACGGAGAUCCAAAAAUUUGCAAGGACAGUGACGAACAAGUGGCUGUUGUACCUACUUGCGGAGGACAACCCAGAGAUCGUAGUCUAUGGCUGCAAGAUCAUUUCCAGGCUGCUGGUAUCCCACGGCGCGAACUAUAUCGCGAAAUUUACCAACAAAACUGGCGGCUUCGCGAUCAUGGCCCAUCGUUUGAAACAUUGGUGGGACAUUCCGACUCUUUGGCCGAUGUGCUUGAGCAUUCUCUUCGGAUAUGAUGUGUCUCAAAUCGAUUUUGAUCGGUCUUUCGAUCUGAUGAACCUGACGGAAUUGUUUGGACAGAGCCGAGUGGCUUAUCCCGACGUUCUGCCAGUAAUCACAACGAUGCUUCAGCAUGGUCUCAGGGAUAUCCUAAAGUACCAGGAUGAUCCAGAGUCUCCCGUGAAUCCUGAGCAAGGGAAUUUUAAGAAUUUGACCACUUCGGAUGCGUCCUCGACGAGACCACGAGCUCGAUCCAUGAACUUCAUGGACGAACUCGGAACCAGAUGUACGCGUGGUGUGGAUAAGGAGAGAGUCGCUAGCCACGCUGUCGUCCUUCAGACCAUCGUUAAAUUCCUGGGUGAUCUUCACAAACGCUCCGCUGACUUUCGAGAUUUCGCACUGUCGUCCAAGUACGUGCGGCUGCUGCUGGCCGCUCUAUAUCCAGUUCUCGUCAGCACAGACCCCGUCAGCCCUGAGACUGAACUCAACUCGCGAGACUCUGCGCUUACGUUUGAGGGCGGCGAUGUUAUCAUACGUCCUCUGGCGGGAUCCUCCAGCACUGCUCCGAUAGUCAGAACGACAGUUGUCUCGUCGGUCAAAGGCUCGCCAGGUCAGACUAAGGGUUCUCAGCUUCGGCGAGCUUCUUCCUUCGUGCUCGUGACAGCUCAAGACUCGCCACAAGCAUCCAAGAGCACCGCACGGCUUGCACAUGUCAUGUCUCCCAAACAACAAGUCCAUGCACAGAUGAUCAGCAAUGUCGUUCUUGAUGGCCUCCUUGGUCUUGUCCUUGAUGUCUUCACGGAUCAGGUGCUGGUCCGCAAAGACUUUCAAGGUUUUGGCCUCUUUCUAAAGAUCCCUCCUGGUUUCCAGGAACACCAGGCGUACUUCGAAUCCUAUAUUUUGCGACACUUUGUCUCUCACCUUGCCUCCAUCAUCCAGUCAAACCAAGCCAUCCUCAGCGAGACUAAGGUGCUCACGAACAUGUCUCGAUUUGCUCUGCACAUGCUGGAUGCCACCUUUGAGGGUUGGUUCAUGAACGGCGCCGAGACCAUCAUGGACUUUCUCGGGACUAUGCUCGAAUAUCUCGCUCGACCCGAUGUGUCUGCCUUGAAGAGCGUCCGGCUUUGCAGCCAGAAUGUCACAGUGUUGAAAAGCGCUUUCGUCAAGCUGGUGCUGCUCCGACUGUCCGACACUGACGACGUUCAAGUUUCUGAAUCCACUAACGUUGCGGUUCUCUCGAACAUAUUCUACUGGCAGCUGGUCCUGCUGGAUUGCCUCUCUAUGGUGGAAGACGAUUCCAUGAGACUCAUCUGGUAUCAGUUGUACGGCAAACUCAUUGAUGCACGGGAGCGAGUGCGACUGGCUGCUGCUGGCAUCUUGCGCAUUAUGCUUGUUCAAAAGCCCCAUGAGUGCUCACGGGUCUUCCGAGAGUUCAUGACUUCGGAGGAUCACCAACUCACCCAGGGCUUCCACACACUGACUGAAGUGGACGACGGCACAUUCCUCGACUGGGUUGAUCAGCACAGGCCUUCGUUGGACGCUUUGUUCCUGGGCGCCAUGUCCAAGCCUUGGGAAGAAUACGUCAGCCAGGAGAACCAGCGCACACUGGAAAGCGCCAGAUUGCGAUUGUCCCGUCGCAAGGACAAGCUCAAAGAGUGGCGCGAUGAGGCUCGGUCCAUUGAGAAUGUUCUCCUCCGGCAUGAGAUGGCAAACAGCGCUUGGAUGAAGAGCAUCUUUCACACGGAGCAUUCCAAACACCAGCGUCUGACCCAGGAUCAACAGGAUGACUUUGUGUUCCUUGUCUCCUCUUUUGGCAAGAUGGAUCGAGAUCUCAAGCGUCCUGGUGGUGUCUUUGCCGAUCCUUCACCUGUGAUAAAAUGGAAGUUGGACAGGACGGAAGGGAGGAAUCGAAUGCGACUACGGCUUCUUCCCGACUAUUCAAAGUCGCAAGAAGAGUAUCAAUCGAAGCAGACGAAAAAGAAGCAGCAGCCCGAGCACAAAUCUACAGAACCCCUCCCCAGUGUUGCAGGGCUCAAAUUGGACACCAAGAUUGGUCCUAGUCCUCCUCCGACCAAGAAAACUGUUCCAAGCGGCUCCGAAGCACAAGGCAUAGAUAAUGCCAUGGCUAGCGAAGCAGAUCAGACUGAGCAACCCUCAAACUCGACUGUUGCGCCAGAAGACGACUUUGAGAUGAUCGAGGACAUGAAUGAGCCCGGAGGUGACGAAGCAUUCGAGGAUAAGAACCGAAAAGUCAUGAGGCGUCUUGAAGUAGGCGACACAGUGCAGAGCGUGUAUAACAUUUCUCGCAUCAUUGGUCUCGAGGCUUGCGAAGGCAUCCUCAUCAUCGGCAAAGAGGCGCUGUACCUGAUGGACAAUGUGUUCCGCAGUGCCGACGGCGAAAUUAUCAAUGUCUGGCAAGCCCCACCUGAAGAACGCGACCCGUACUCCCAAAUCAUCACGGGUAGCAAAGGAGCCGAGAAACCCAAGGCGCAGAAAGGCAAUGAGCAAGAAUCUCGCAGCUGGAGGUGGCACGACGUGAUUAGUAUCUCAAAGCGCCGCUUCCUCUUCCGAGACGUUGCUAUUGAAAUUUUUUUCACGGACGGUCGGAGCUACCUAAUGACUGCGCUCACCCCGGGCAUCCGAGAUGAGGUCUUCGCGAGGCUCUCAAACAAGACGCCUCAUACGUCGGACCCGAAGUCGCUGCCAAACCCUGAGGAUGCGUGGAGGCUGGAAGCCAUCAAGGUCUUUGACGAAGCGCCGCAGUCCUUUGGCUCCAAGUUUGGGUCCAUCUUCAACGCGUCUCCGUGGAACCCCAUCAUGAGAAGAUGGCAGAAGGGAGAGAUCUCCAACUUCCAUUACCUCAUGCUCAUCAACACGAUGGCCGGAAGAACAUUCAAUGAUCUGACGCAAUAUCCGGUCUUCCCUUGGGUCCUGGCCGACUACACUAGCGAGGAACUCGACUUGACCAACCCAGCCUCGUUCCGGGACCUGUCGAAACCAAUGGGUGCGCAAACGGUGGCCCGACAGACCGACUACAUGUUGCGCUACAGCAAUCUGAUGGAAGUGGGCGAGACUCCCUUUCACUAUGGGACCCACUACUCAUCUGCUAUGGUCGUUGCGUCUUAUCUGAUCCGACUGCCACCCUUCGUGCAGUCCUACAUACUGCUUCAAGGCGGGUCAUUCGAUCACCCGGACAGAUUGUUCUACUCCAUUGAGGGCGCAUGGAAGUCAUCAUCGAGGGACACAGGCACCGACGUAAGGGAACUCAUCCCGGAGUUCUUUUAUCUGCCUGACUUCCUCACCAAUAUAAAUGGCUAUGACUUUGGCGAGCGUCAGGGCAAUGCUGGAAAGGUUGAUAAUGUCAUCCUGCCGCCCUGGGCCAAGGGUGAUCCCAAGAUCUUCAUCCAGAAAAACCGAGAGGCGCUUGAGAGCCCGUACGUAACGCAGAGGCUUCACCACUGGAUCGACUUGGUCUUUGGGUUCAAGCAGAGAGGCGAGGCAGCUGUGGACAAUCUCAACGUCUUUCAUCAUCUGUCCUAUCAUGGUGCUAUUGACUUGGACAGUCUCGUCGACGAAAAAGAGCGGGCCAUCACCACGAACAUCAUCCACAACUUUGGGCAGACGCCACACCAGGUGUUUGCCAAGCCGCAUCCAGCCCGUGAUAUCGCCAACACAGCACCCAGACGACUCGACACAGGGGUCCAAGCCUUGACAAGGGUUACGUAUCCCUUGCUUGAGAGCCAUGAGCGUGUGGCCAGCAUCAUCUACGCGCCGAAGCUAGACCGUCUGCUCUGCGCCUCGCCCUUCCGGAUCAACAUGCCACCGCACUACGACAAAUUCCUUGAAUGGGGUUUCGCGGACAACAGCAUCCGUUUUUACCUCAGUGAUAAUCGUAAGCCGAUUGGACUGCAGGAAAACCUCCACCAGGGCCAGAUCUCAUGCGUGGCAUUUGCAGACUCCAAGACACUGAUCACCGCUGGCGAGGACAGUGUUGUCUCGGUCUACACGGUCAAGAUGCCUUCAGGGAAGAACGUGGAGCUUUUGCCACGACUGUCGCUGUUUGGUCACAAGACACCUGUCAAUGUCAUUGCCGUGUCCAAGGCGUUCAGCACGUUUCUCACCGUUUCGCAGGAUGGCACCGCCUUCCUCUGGGAUCUCAACCGGCUCGACUUCAUCCGCAAGCUGCCCGUGAACCGACCGGUGGAAUGCGCACGUAUCAACGACGUCUCGGGCGAGAUCAUGCUGUGCUCGGGUCCCAACGUCCUCCUCUACACACUCAACGGCGAGCUGCUCCUGGAGCAGAAUGUCUGUGGAGGCGAAGGGCAGGAUGACUAUGUACACUCGUGCGCGUUUUACGAGGGGCAGGGGAACGAGUGGCUGGAGAAUUACCUCGUCUUCACGGGUCACAGGCGUGGUCGGGUGAACGUUUGGCGGAAGGCAGUGAGGAAGGGCGACGGCAAGUGGGUGCUGGAGCUCCUCAGGAGGCUGGACCAUGUCGAUGUCAAGAGCGAGACAGGGGCACCGAUCGAUGGGCCAAUUACCUGUGUAACGCCGAUGCCAGGAGUGGUGUACACGGGGGAUGAGGACGGAAGAGUCCCAGUCAACGUCUUUCUCGGACCGGAAGGGACUAGAAAUCAUGGUCGAGGCUACAAGAUCACACAUGCGACUCCCAAACAGGACAACUUGAAGUUGGAACACCUGGGCGAGAGGAAUUAUGACCAAAUCAUCUUCUUCCCUGUCAAGGCCAAGGGCCUGGGCCCUAACCUGACGGCGAAGAACCUCCUCGACUUUCUCAACGCUGGCGGAAACAUCAUGGUUGCCCUGAGCUCCACACAGGCCGUCCCUACCGCCCUGAACGCUGCUCUUAUCGAGCUCGACAUACAGAUCCCCGCCGAGCGAACAGGCCUCGUUGUCGACCACUUCAGCUACGAUGUUUCCAGCGCAGCCGACAGCCACGACGUGGUCCUCCUGAAGGCACCCGCUCAGUACAAGCCCGGCACGAAGAAUUACUUUAGCAGCGACAACAAGGACGCCGUGAUCGCGUUCCCUCGCGGUGUCGGACACGUCCUCGGCGACGGCCCCCUGCUGACGCCCGUCCUCAAGGCACCCAGGACCGCCUACAUUUACAACCAGAAGGACCAGUCCGAGGUCGUUGACGAGGUUUUUGCGGCCGGCGAGCAGCUGGCUCUGGUGUCUGUCGCCCAGGCGCGCAACUCAGCCCGCUUCGCCGUCGUGGGCUCCGCCGAGAUGCUCCAGGACAAGUGGGUGGACGCCAAGGUCAAGCGCCCCGGCGAGAAGGACACUGUCAAGACCGCGAACGGGGACUUUGCGAAGAGCAUCGCCGGGUGGACGUUCCACGAGGUCGGACACCUGCGCGUCAACUCUGUCGAGCACCGUUCCGCACUCACGCCCAAUGUUUCCAACCCUGGAAUCUACCGGGUCAGCUCGGACGCGACCUACACCAUCUCCAUCUCCGAGUGGGCCUGGGACCGCUGGGUUCGCUUCGAGGUUCCCGACCAGGACGAGCUGCAGCUCGAGUUCAGCAUGCUCUCCGCCUUCCACCGCCUGGAGCUCCAGCCGCAGGAGGGCGCACCGGCCGACGAGGGGGUCUACAGCGUUACGUUCAAGGUCCCUGACCACCACGGCGUCUUCAACUUCAUCACCAACUACAAGCGGCCCUUCCUGACCAACGUCGAGGAGAAGCACACGGUGACCGUCCGCCACCUGGCCCACGACGAGUUCGAUGCCUCGUAUGAGAUCCACGCCGCCUGGCCGUACCUCACGAGCAUCGGUGUCACCUGCACCGGCUGGCUGCUCUUUGUUGCCCUCUGGUUGUUUAACAGGCCUCAGAGGCAGGCCGACACUGCCAAGAAGACGCAGUAGACGGCCUCCUCGGGAGGCUGGCAUGACGCAGAGAUGGGAACUCAUAGUGUGAGGAUCUCUUUUUGAGAACUACGGCGAAAGCGAUGGGAUGUCCUUGGGAGCUGGGUCAGCAAGCAGAUCUGGCAGGGUCGUAUCACUCGCGCAUGUACAGUACAUAGGGAAAAGGGCCCUUUCUGGGAUGGGGUUCUGGGUUAAAAAGUCUACGGAUCAAUCAAUGAGCAAAUUUGAUGGC